AUGAGUGAGGAGGAUGUGGACAAAGCUGGGAAUCUGUACCAGAACAGGUUCUUAGGCCUGGCCGCCAUGGCAUCUCCAUCUAGAAACUCCCAGAAUCGACGCCGGUGCAAGGAGCCGCUCCGCCACAGCUACAACCCAGGCCAGUACCACAGUGUGGCCGUCAGGACUGGCCCCCAUGGUGCCGUCACCAUCCCCCGCUCCACCAGCGACACUGACCUGGUCACCUCGGACAGCCGCUCCACACUCAUGGUCAGCAGUUCCUACUACUCCAUAGGGCACUCCCAGGACCUGGUGAUCCACUGGGACAUCAAGGAGGAAGUGGACGCUGGGGACUGGAUCGGCAUGUACCUCAUCGAUGAGGUCUUGUCAGAAAACUUCCUGGACUAUAAGAACCGUGGAGUGAAUGGCUCUCAUCGGGGCCAGAUCAUUUGGAAGAUUGAUGCCAGCUCUUACUUUGUGGAACCUGAAACUAAGAUCUGCUUCAAAUACUACCAUGGAGUGAGUGGAGCCUUGCGAGCCACCACCCCCAGUGUCACUGUCAAAAACUCAGCAGCUCCUAUUUUUAAAAGCAUUGGUUCUGAUGAGACCGUGCAAGGGCAAGGAAGUCGGAGGCUGAUCAGCUUUUCUCUCUCAGGUAUGUUUUGCUCAUCUGAAGGCCUUUGCGGAGAAAAUAAGAAUGUCAGUCAGCAAUCAGGAGACGUCUUCA